GGCCGGCCGAGAGGAGGCGAGGGAGGAAAUCUCCACGUUGGCGCCCGUCUCUCGUUUUCUCGGAUUCCGCCUUUGGGCUUCUCCAACGCCGCCCGCGGGAGGGAGCUUGACGCCGCUUCCAAGAUGCUUUUUAAAGAGACCCUCGCCAUAAUUUUGCUGUGGGGCAUUUUCCCCACCGAAACCAGGGAAUCGCGUGGCCACGUUUCUGUCAUCCUUCUGGGCGCCACUGGAGAUUUAGCCAAAAAAUACCUGUGGCAAAGCUUGUUCCAGCUUUACGUCGACGAAGUGUCGAACGGGCACACGUUCACUUUCUAUGGGGCCGCUCAGAAGGAGCCCAACGUGGGGCGAAAGCUGAUGUUUGAUCCCUUGAAAAAUUUGGCCUGCUCGCCGGAGGUGGCCCCCAACAGAUGCGCCGUGCUAAAGGACCAGUUCUUGAAAUUAACGGAGUACCACCAACUCAAAGGAGAGGAAGACUACGCCAGUCUCAACCAGGGCAUUAAAACCAGCCUGGCUCAGGAGGAACUUGUGGAAACCGGCCGUAUCUUUUACCUGUCCGUGCCACCGUUUGCCUACGCUGAAAUUGCCCGGCAUAUUAACAGCAGCUGCAGGCCGCCUUCCGGCGCCUGGUUACGUGUGGUGCUGGAGAAACCUUUUGGUCAUGAUUUAUUGUCGGCUCAACAACUGGCAGACGAGCUUGCCACUGUCUUCCGUGAAGAGGAGAUAUACCGGGUGGAUCAUUACCUGGGGAAGCAGGCAGUGGCUCACAUUUUACCUUUCCGGAAUCAAAACCGAGAAAAAUUGGAUCCAGUCUGGAACCGCCAUCACGUGGAGCGGGUGGAAAUUGUUCUGAAAGAGACCGUGGAUGUCAAAAAUCGCACCGAGUUUUACGAACAGUACGGGGUCCUUCGCGACAUGCACCAGAACCAUCUCACCGAAAUCCUGAUGUCUCUCGCCAUGGAGCUGCCGGCCAACCUCACCAACUCGGAAGAAGUCCUCCGGAGCAAACUUGGGGCUUUCUCCUGCUUGCGAAGCUUGGAAAAAAACAGCGCUGUGAUUGGCCAGUACGAGGCGUACGGCGCCCACGUGAGGGAGGAGCUUCACAAGGGGCAGGACUUUUUCACCAAGAUGCCAACGUUUGCAGGGGUGCUGGUUCAUUUGGACAACCUACGCUGGGAAGGGGUACCGUUCGUCCUGACGUCCGGCAAAGUCCUCGACGAACGGGCCAGCUACGUCCGCAUCCUGUUCAAAAACCAGGCGCACUGCGUCCAGACCGAGAGCGCCUGGGAGGCCGAACGCAGCCACUGCAAGCCGAAACAGAUCGUCUUCUCCAUUGUGCACGGAAAGCUGAACUCACCCGCGAUCCUAGUCAGCCGCAAUCUCUUUAAGCCAGCCAUGCCCCGCGGCGCCUGGAAAGAGUUCCGGGAUCACCCGCAGCUGCGCCUUUGGGGGCAAAGUCUCUCCGAUUAUCACGUCUUUGUCCCUGCAGCCCAGCGGGACGCUUAUUCCUUCCUGCUCUCGGCGAUCUACCAUGGGAAAAAGGAAUCCUUCAUCACCACGGAGAACCUGCUGGCUUCGUGGGCGUUUUGGUCCCCGUUGCUGGAUCACCUGAGCCGCGAAUCGCCCCGCCUGUAUCCUGGAGGCCCAGAAAACGGGAACCUGUUAGAUUUCGAGAUCGUCGGCAAGGAAGUGGCUUUCAUAGCAAGAGAGACGCUGGAGGUGAUCGAUCCCGAGGAUAAACACACCGCCGACAGAUUCCAGACCCUGCUUUCCACCUUUCGAGAGAGCCGGUUGGUUACUGCCUGGGCAGACGACCUCAUUGGCCGUCUGGCAUCCGACAUAGAAACCGCGGCGCUCGACGCCAUCCGGAGGCGCGGAGAAUUCCACUUGGCGCUUUCCGGCGGCUCGAGCCCCUUGGUCUUGUUCAGGCAACUCAGCAGGCAUUGUUACGGCUUCCCGUGGAAGCAGACUCACUUAUGGAUGGUAGACGAGCGCUGCGUCCCGCUCGCCGAUCCGGAAUCAAAUUUCGGCCACUUGCACCAGCAUUUACUCCAACAUAUCCGGAUUCCUUAUUUCAACAUCCAUCCGAUGCCGGUACAUCUCAACCGUCGACUUUGCGUGGAAGAGGACCGAGGGCCGGAGUUGUACGCCAACGAGAUCGGGGCCUUGGUGGCCAACUCCAGCUUCGACCUGGUUAUCCUGGGAAUGGGCACCGACGGACAUACCGCCUCUCUCUUCCCAUCCUCGGCCGGCCUAGAGGGGGAUAAGGACGUCAUCUUCGCCGAGAGCCCUACGAAACCUCACCAGCGUAUGACGGUCACUCUGCCGCUUAUCAACAAAGCCAGACAGGUGUCCGUCUUAGUGAUGGGGAAAAGCAAACACGAGACUGUCUCUAUUGUUAGUCGAGCAGGGAACGAGCCCCAGAAAUGGCCGAUAUCGGGCGUGAAGCCCCAGAAUGGCCAGGUUUCUUGGUACAUCGACUAUGAAUCUUUAAUGGGGUGAUGUUUCUCAAGCUGUGGGUCGCUCACACACCCUCUGCCCCCAACCUGGCGUUUCUCAGCAGAAAUCCUUCAAUGUGUGGUGUGAAAAUUGUCGGGGGGGGGGUGAAUUGAGGGGGGGAAAUCCCGCCAUUUAAAAAAAAUAUAUUUAAUGGAUCACCGCAGGCUAGGCUGUUUUUCUCCUCAUUAAAUUGUCUUAAUAACAGCCAGCCAGGUUUUCUCCACCCAGGAAGUGGCUUACUGUUUGUCAGUAGCCGUGCUUCAUUGAAACAACGUGCAGUGCGCUUCCUCCUCCCUUUAUUAAUUUAUCAAAUUCUUGUUAAUUGAGCCAUCAGAGAGGGCAUUCAUUACCACACCUUGUGGCGCUGAGUUCCACCGGCUAAGAUUGGAUUCUGGAACUUUUCAAGUGGGGAAAUUGGGAGAGGUAGGAGAUAUUUUUUUUCAGUUCUUUGCUACCUUCCCGGUCAAGGGACAAAAGUUUGCUGUGUGCCUCAGUUUCCCCCUUCGGGAAUUAUUUUAAAGAACCUCUGGAAGCUUCCAAGUGGAAAAGUGGGAGAGGUAGGAAAUAUUUUUUUUUCAGUUCUUUGCUACCUUCCGGAUCAAGGAACAACUUAGUGCUGUGUGCCUCAGUUUCCCCCCUUCGGGAGUUAUUUAAAACAAACUACCUCGCAGAGUUCAAAAUACAUACAGUCUGCAAGACUUUCUACUUCCAGAAAUUCAGUUUUGGGAUAAAAUUAAAUAGGUAUAUUGAUGUUCCGGUGUGGACCAAUAUAGGUUCUGAGAUUUUUUUUGCUCCUUUUGGGUAUGGAAAAAAGGCAGGUUGUUUUUGGCCUGUGGAGAUUUGGGCUUAGAGGUUCAAAAAAAAAUUGCACCUCUUAAGCAAGCAAAGUUUUGCUAACUUUGCUGUGGCGCCCCUCCGAUUCAAAUCGGCAUAAUCCUGCUCUAGAUCGGAGAUCUAGAUCUUGCAAUCUGGUUUUGAUUUGGGGUCAAAACAGUUGCUAAAACGGACUAAAAUAGAGAAAUGUAAUUUUACCACCAGGUGGUGCCCUUUCCUAAUUUUUAGAAUUUUCAGGAUAGAAUGUUUUGCAAAAAAUAAAUAAAUAAAUGAAAAACAGCAAAAGAUGGCCGGGUGGGGGUGAUAGGGACUGUAAUUCUUUUAAACCCAGGAGGGCAGCCAAUUACAGAAGUCUAUGCUAGCAUUAAAAAAAAAAAAAAAAUGGGACAAAUCAUGUUUGUUUCUUCUGAAUUUAAACUAGAGAUGAUCGAUGUUUGACGGAAUUAUUGCAAUAAUAAGAAAGUGCCUUAAAGACCUAUUUCCUGCUAAAGUGUUUUCAAGCUUGGCUACUUUAAGGGGUUUGUGGACUUCAACUCCCAGAAUUCCCAAGCCAGCCUGGGGAAUUCUGGGAGUUGAGGUCCACACCCCUUAAAGUGGCAGUGUUUGAAAAAAAAAAAAAAAACCUCGAUUUAAACCGAUGUUUUCCACUUGCCAUUUUCAAUACUACUGAUGUUUUUAAACUGAAAUCUUCCUGUUUUGUCCAAAAGGAUCGAUGUUCGGUAUUUAUACGCCUGAAAUAAUAAUUUUUUAAAAGAAAUUUUUGUAAAAAGAAAAUUGUAAUAAAUCGUUUGUUCUGUUGCA